UUUACUUUGUGUUUUGAAAUUACUUGCAGACAGACAGGCAGCAUACAAAUAGAUAGGAAUUGCAGCUUACCUUAAGAUCUCCGUUAUUUUGGUGUGCGGUUUUUUUUCCUUUCAAUUUUAUUACACAUAGAUUUUUACUACCAUCGUAUCUCUUCUUCCUCAAAUCCCUUAGUCCAAAACCAAAUAUUCACUCGCUAUAUAAUCAGUUACUUUGCAUAUCUGAGGAAGUAAAAAGGUAAGUAAAGAUGGUGAAGCUGACAAUGAUUGCUCGUGUUACGGAUGGUCUUCCGCUAGCAGAGGGACUGGAUGAUGGUCGUGAUGUGAAAGAUGCUGAAAUGUACAAACAGCAGGUCAAGGCACUUUUCAAGAACCUUGCAUCUGGCCACAAUGAUGCUUCGAGGAUGUCAAUUGAAACUGGCCCUUAUAUUUUCCAUUAUAUUAUUGAAGGACGUAUUUGUUACCUCACUAUGUGCGACCGUUCUUAUCCUAAGAAGCUUGCCUUUCAAUACCUAGAAGACCUUAAGAAUGAAUUUGAGCGUGUCAAUGGGCCUCAAAUUGAAACUGCUGCUAGACCAUAUGCCUUCAUUAAAUUUGAUACUUUUAUACAGAAAACAAAAAAAUUGUACCAGGACACCCGCACCCAACGGAAUAUUGCUAAGUUGAAUGAUGAGCUGUAUGAAGUCCACCAAAUAAUGACUCGCAAUGUGCAGGAAGUUCUGGGUGUUGGUGAAAAGCUGGACCAGGUCAGUCAAAUGUCAAGCCGGUUAACAUCAGAAUCCCGUGUAUAUGCUGACAAGGCAAGAGAUUUGAAUCGACAGGCCUUAAUUCGAAAGUGGGCCCCUGUCGCCAUUGUGCUAGGAGUUGUCUUCCUCCUCUUUUGGAUUAAAACAAAGCUCUGGUGAUCCAAUGGCCUUUUGUGGUUUCUGAGAAAUGUUGCAUGUUUUCCUGGGUUUCUCUUGCAUUGUAGUUGUUCACCUGUGUUCGUGAUAUAAGUUCAAACUUCAGAUUGGAGACUGGACACACAUGAAGGCUUCAUCAUGUUUCAAAGUGGACUCCAGUUUUGGUUCAUGGCAGGCAUUAGUUAACACAUGAAGGCUUCAUCAUGUUUCAAAGUGGACUCUAGUUUUUGUUCAUGGCAGGCAUUAGUUAAAAGGACUGGUUCUUUAUGUACGUCCAAACUACAUAUGGAAAUGUGAAAGAGAAACCCCUGAUGUUACAGUUAGGCAAGGAUCAAAUAUAUAUUGGUACAGUAUGAGGAUUUUCCGAAUUCUCAACACUCUAUAUAGGCCUUAUAUAAAUAUCUAUAAUUCAUCAA